AUACAUUUCAAACAUCACAAAAUAAUAACUGAACCAUAGAAUUUAGUAGUAACACUAAUGGAGUGCGGGAAAUCUUCAGCUGUUGCUCGAAGUCGAUUAUCGGUAAUCACAGGUCAUCUCGCCGCCGAUUACUCCUCCUCCUCCUCCCAUGGUCUGGAAACUUCCUCUGUAUCCGCACCAACCGCUGCCGUGUCGCCGCCACCGAAUUUAAAAGGAACCUUGACAAUCAUCGAUGAGAGGACCGGUAAGAAGUAUCAGGUUACAGUUACCGAGGAAGGAACUGUUAAAGCUACCGAUUUUAAGAAAAUAACUACUGGAUACAAUGAUAAGGGUCUCAAGCUUUAUGAUCCGGGCUAUCUCAACACUGCACCCGUUCGUUCAUCAAUAUGUUACAUAGAUGGUGAAGAAGGGAUUCUCAGGUAUCGAGGUUACCCGAUUGAAGAGUUGGCUGAGCGAAGUUCCUUCUUAGAAGUGGCGUAUCUUUUACUGUAUGGUAAUUUACCAUCUGAGAACCAAUUAUCCGACUGGGAGUUUGCAGUUUCACAUCAUUCAGCAGUUCCUCAAGGAGUUCUGGAUAUCAUACAGUCGAUGCCUCAUGAUGCUCACCCGAUGGGUGUUCUUGUUAGUGCUAUGAGCACUCUAUCUGUCUUUCAUCCUGAUGCCAAUCCAGCUCUUAGGGGCCAAGAUAUAUACAAUUCAAAACAAGUGAGGGAUAAACAAAUAGUUCGUAUCCUUGGAAAGGCACCUGUAAUUGCUGCAGCUGCCUACUUGAGGAUGGCUGGAAGGCCACCUGUUCUUCCAUCCAACAACCUUUCUUAUGCAGAGAACUUCUUGUACAUGCUAGAUUCACUAGGUAAUAGGUCUUACAAACCCAACCCUCGACUUGCUCGUGUAGUGGACAUUCUCUUCAUUUUACAUGCGGAGCAUGAAAUGAAUUGCUCAACAGCAGCUGCUCGUCAUCUUGCAUCAAGCGGUGUUGAUGUGUACACAGCUAUAGCUGGAGCGGUUGGUGCUUUGUAUGGCCCCCUUCAUGGAGGUGCAAAUGAGGCUGUGCUCAGGAUGCUCAGCGAGAUUGCAAGUAUUGACAAUAUUCCAGAGUUCAUUGAGGGCGUGAAAAGCAGGAAGCGUAAGAUGUCUGGUUUCGGGCACCGUGUCUACAAAAAUUAUGAUCCUAGAGCUAAAGUGAUUAAGAAGCUAGCAGAAGAAGUAUUUUUCAUUGUUGGUCGCGAUCCUUUAAUUGAGGUUGCUGUUGCUCUCGAAAAAGCUGCACUCUCAGAUGACUAUUUUGUAGAAAGGAAGUUGUACCCGAAUGUCGAUUUUUACUCUGGUUUAAUCUACAGGGCAAUAGGAUUUCCCACGGAGUUCUUUCCGGUUUUAUUUGCGAUCCCUCGGAUGGCGGGUUACUUAGCGCAUUGGCGCGAGUCCCUUGACGAUCCUGAUACGAAGAUAAUGAGACCAGCACAGGUGUAUACUGGUGUAUGGUUGCGUCACUAUAUGCCUCUCCAAGAUCGAUCACCGUCAGCUGAGACGGAUAAGUUCGGUCAGGUAUCAGUCUCCAAUGCCACCAGGCGGAGGUUAGCUGGUUCGGGUGACUAGACUUGGUUCAUAGUUUUAGACGUUACAUCAGGAUAAUUUUGUAGGUAGAUAGAACAUCAGGCUCUUGUUGCAUGUUUAUAAUAAUCUACUAGUUGGUCUGAGGGCGGGCUUAAGGUGGAGGGUUAAAUAAAUACGGGUGGGCAUAGUCUCUAGACGACUCAAAAUUCAAAUCAAAAUAUGAACUUGCUGAUAUUUGGUUUGAAUUUCUGAGUUAUGGAUUGUAUAAAAUAUAUGAACUUUGGAAUAUCUGAAAACUUGGAAUUUUUGUGCUGCA